GUUUCUUCCACAUUGUCGCAUAUUUUCACCAUGGUUUCUUCCUCGGCACGAGCAUUGUUCUUCAUGCGGCAAUGCCGCAGGAGCCUACCACAGGCAAAUCGUCGUCAGGCUCACGGUGCCUCGACUCGGAGUCCUCGUCGUCAAUCGUCUCAAUUCGCACCUUCGAAUUUCACCAACGCUCCCUCGAACCCCAAACCAUUCGAAGUCGAGUCCUCUUUCUCUUCUUCUCCGUCGUCCCCGACGACCACGUCCACAACGACGCUCGCCACUCCUCGCCCGACCUACGCGCACCCGCGUGCCCGGCGCUUCACCGCCACCGAGACCUCGACGAAACUGACGGCGUGGACGUGGUUCAAGACGCUCUUCGGCUGGCGCCCCGGGCCCAGCAACUACAAGCCCGCCCCGUUCCACAUCACCAACAACCCUUACCGGGCUCGCAAGCGGUGGCCCCCCGACUUCAACGACCUCGACCCCAAGCAGCAGUUCCACUUUGAGAAGACGUACCGGCGGCGGGCGGCUCUCAAGUGGGCUCGACCGACGUGGACCAAGAGCAUCAAGAUCCUCCAGCAGACCCUCAUCAUCUUCACCGUCAUCUACUUUGUCUUCAUCCUGGAGCCGACCCACGGCCACGGCACCCCGUUUGACGGCUUCCGCGUCUGGUUCUUUGGCAAGAUUUCCAACCUCGGCCAGCUCCCCGAGUCCACGAGGGUCGAGGUGGGAAAGUUGAAAGAGGAGGCCGAGAAGAAACUCAAUGAACGGGCAGCAUCAAAGACCGUCGCGGACACGGAUGCGACUAACAAUUCUCCCACGAGUGCGAGCUGAUCAAUGACAAAACGUCUACGGACCUUUCUCACGACGAGGCACACCAUGACUCAUGGAGGCCCGGUUGAAGAAUGACUCUAUUUUUGUUACAGCAACACCUAGUGCGGUGACUUGACCACUCACCAUCUUGACAAGGAGACUAGAGAUUCGCAUCUAGAGACCUCAUUAUCGCUUGCACCUGAAGGAGCCCGAGAGGAACAAAGAAGGCCUGCAGGAAUGCCCUCAUGGAGGAGGACGUGAGAGGCAACUUUCUAUUGACGACGACGACAACUGACAACCAAUUGAAUAGGAGUCAAAGUUUGUAACAAAGCCACUUUGAAAGAGGGCCAUGUUCGAUUGCUCUUUUUCAACCAACAGGCUGUGGUGAAAGUAUGCAAUCCAACGUUUCCACCUACCAGAUGUACGCUCUAUGACGAGGUCUCAAUGUUGUAUAUAUGUAUACAUACCAACCAUUAUGCAAACUGGAGAAUACAACCUGGGGACAGGAUCCACGUGCCGUAAUGAUACUUGUUUUUCAAUGCAGCUCUAGAGUCCUUGGGAUAUGAAUACUGUGUGUGUACAUACCUACCUAGGUAUGAAUGAAUUCUGGUUUCUCAACCUCAUGAGGCUCUUAGCUUGGAAUAUGGAAUGCCAAAAAUAAUUCUGUCUUCAUGAUACUCUCCAUCUUUGGAACUUGCAUACCGAAAAGGUGUAG